AUGUCCACUCCCGCCAAAAUCACCGACUGGGUCGACCGCAGCGACAAGUCGGGCGAGUUCAAGCGCCAGGUCAGCUCGUUCCGCGAUCACAUUUCCCGCGAGGCCGGUGCCAAGUACCCUCCCGAGAAGGACCGCUACCAUCUCUUUGUAUCCUACGCCUGCCCCUGGGCUCACCGCACGCUCAUCGCCCGCCAGCUCAAGGGCCUUGACAAGUUCAUCACCUUUUCUGUCGUCCACUGGCACCUCGGCGAGGGCGGCUGGCGCUUCGUCACCAAGGAUGAAAAGGAGCCCGGCGCGAAUGUGAUCCCGGACCCUAUCGAGGGCCACGAGGCGUUUACACACCUGCGCCAGGUGUACUAUGAGUCGGACAAGGACUACGCGGGUCGCUUCACGGUGCCGGUCCUGUACGACAAGAAGACAAAGCAGAUUGUGAACAAUGAAAGCAGUGAAAUUUUGCGCAUUUUUGGAUCCGAGUUUGACGACUUGCUGGAUCAAGAGCACCGCGGUGCCGACCUCUACCCCGAGGCACUCCGCAGCGACAUUGAAGACGCUCACAAGUGGCAGUACGACCUCAUCAACAACGGCGUCUACAAGUCGGGCUUCGCCACCACCGCGGAUGCCUAUGAGCGCAACGUCACCGCCCUCUUUGAAGCGCUCGGCCGCGUCGAGAAGCACCUUCAGGGCCAAAAGGAGGGCCCGUAUUACUUUGGCAAGACUCUGACCGAGGUCGACAUUAGGCUGUACGUCACGCUCAUCCGCUUCGACCCCGUCUACGUUCAGCACUUCAAGUGCAACAUCCGCGACAUUCGCUCCGGCUACCCCGCCACCCACCGGUGGAUGCGUAACCUCUACUGGAAGCUGCCCGCGUUCAAGGACACGACGCAGUUUGAGCACAUUAAGUGGCACUACACCCGCAGCCACACCCAAAUCAACCCGCUGUCCAUCACGCCCGUUGGCCCCCUGCCCAACAUUCUGCCGCUGGAGGAAGAGGUGCCUGCUGUCGCCGCGGCGCGCAAGUAA